CAGUCCCUUCUCCCACCAGCUGCUGGGACCACCAUGACCCACACCCUCUCUGUCCUGCUGUGCGUUGGGCUGUGUCUGAGCCAGAGGAUGAGAACACAGGCAGGCUGGUAUGAUCCACCCUCCCUCUCAGCCAUGCCCAGCGCCGUCGUGGCCUCAGGACACAGUGUGACCCUCCAGUGUCAGUCACAGCAAUGGUAUGGCAUGUAUGCCCUGUACAAGGAUGGAGAAGAGAUCAGCAGGGACCUGACCCAGGCCCGUGGAAGGGGUUCCCAGGCCAAUUUCCUCAUCCCAGCUGUGAACUCUACCCACGAAGGGACUUACCGAUGCUACAGCUUUCACAGCUACCAUCCUUAUAAGUGGUCAGCCCCCAGUGACCCCCUGGUGCUCAGGGUCACAGGGACCUUCUCUCCAAGCCCUGAAUCUGGGAAAACACAGUUUGGUGAGUCACUGGAGGAUUCCCAGCAGAGACAGGAGGGAGGCAGGGACUGGAUGCUCAGCCCCAUCCAGGGACCCUUCGUUUCCCACCACUCCUCCUGCAGCACCUUAUUAUUCUCCUUUUCCCAACUCUGGGCCUUUGCCCAGGCUUUCCCUCAGCACAAACUCGGUCCCGCUUUCACACUGGGGGGCUCCCUGAGGAUAAGCUGUCCUGCCCCCCAGGAUUACACUGUGGGCAACCUCAUCCGCCUCAGCCUGGCUGGGCUGGUUCUCCUCCUCCUUGGGGUCCUGCUGGCUGAAGCCUGGCACAGCCAGAGGGGACCACUGAGCAGGAGCUCCAGGAAUCCCUGA